CAAAGCAGGCGCGGUGCCUCCCCCGGGGCAGGCUCGCGCCCCGCCCAGCCAACGACCCGCGCACCGCGCCCCCCCCCCAUUCGAACGACACUCGGGAGCCUGGGGAAGGCAGCGGCCCCCCCCCCAGCAACAGCUUGUGGGAGUCUGGCCCCCCCCAGAGAGCCUGCCCCCCCAGGGGCCUGGGGUCUCUUCUGUGACCCCCCAGCUACCUGAGGCCCCCCUCAGACUCUGCCCCCCACAGGAUCUGGGGGUCUCCCCUGAGCCCCCCAGUAAUCUGAGCCCUCCCCCCAAGAGAGCGACUGCCCCCCCCCAGGGGCCUGGCCUCUCUCCUCCAUCCCCCCAGCAACCUGAGACCCUCCCUGAGAGAGCAGCUCUGCCCCCUGGGGUCUCACCUGUGCCCCCCAGCAACCUGAGGCCCCCGAGAGAGCCCAGGCCCCCCAGGAAUCUGGGGGAUCCCUUGCAUACCCCCCCACCUGUCUGAGCCUUUCUAAGUGAUAUUCUGCCCCCCCAUAAAUCUCCCCCAGAGGCUUGGGGAGCCCCAAACCUUCUCAAUUGCCUGAGCCUUUGAGAGAGUCUCUCUCUCCACCCCCCCCUCCACAACCCACCUAGGAGUCUGGGGUCUCCCCAUCCCCUGUGAGGUACUCUAGUCCCUCCCAGAGGAGCCUGUGGAAAGGGGGGGGUUCGCCCCCCCAUGAUGAUGGGGCUGCUCCCUGGUGCCCUGGCCCUGCUCCUGGCCCUGCAGGUGGCCUUGGCCCUGGCUGUAGGCCCAGGGGGGCGCAACCAGCCCCAAGAAGCCACUGCCCACUCAUCCUCCACCAUGAUCAAUGGCAUGACAGCCCCGACCGCCGUGGCGACCCUCUCUGACGCCUUGGCUAGGGCCACCACGCCCGAGCUUGGUGGGCAGACCCUGGAGGCCUCAAGCAAGAAAGUGGUCACCGCGGGCAACAGUGUAGGCUAUGAGUUCACCACAGCCAACGGUGUAGAGUAUGAGGUCAUCACCGGCAGCAACGGAGGGUAUGAGGUCACCACGGGCAACAAUAUCCUGAGCAACACCACUGGCUCUGGAGCAGUGAUCGGCGUGGGAGACACCCGCUACAAGUGGCUGGCAUGGAGCAAGUGGUAUUGCAACUGUGAGAUGGGUAGCAUGUCCCGGGUGCGGGACAUCGCCUACACGGUGCCCAGCCUGCAGCUAGAUCCAGACGACUACAACGCCCUGCGCUUCCAGCGCGUAGCUUGCAGCUACAGCCACUGCAAGUGCAGCCACAAGCACCGUGAGUGCGACCAUGCGAAGGUGACCUGCGAUGCCCCCAACCUCUACCUGUGCGCUGUCAGGGAUGUCCGGCGGGCCCAGUACCGCCAGGCUCGGCACUUCUGGAUACGAGUCCGCAUGGAGCUCAAGGGGCUGUGGAAGAGCAUCCGAAAGGCCUUCUCCCAGCUCAAGGAGGAACACAGCUGAAGAUGAACUCCGUAUUCAAGGUUAAGCAACUGCAGUCUCUGUUAUCAGCAGUUGGCAGUAGCAAUCAAUCGCGCUAGUGUCUCCAAUGAAAUUUGUAGUAAAUGCUCUCUACAAAUCA